AAAAAUAUGCUAGCUAAAGGUAGCUCUGAAUGCAAGGAAACCCUCGGGGUUAAGGAAACAGAAGAGAUCAAAGAAGACUCCCAGCCUCUCAAAUGAGACAUGUGCGAUACACCUCUAAUGACUGAAGAUAGUAUCCCUCAGGAAGGAGAUAAGAAUGUCAGCCAUUUAGGGGUUAAUAUACGGAAUUAGCAGAGGAAUAGAUUUAAAGACCUCUCCACUCGGCUUGAACCUUAAUUUAACCAGCAAAGAUUCUCCUAAUUUUAGCAAAUUUCUAACAAAUAAGGGAAAAGUCAAAUAGCACAGACUAUGGAAAGUUUGGAAUUGACCAAGAAGCAUACAAUUCUCACUUGCAAAGAGUAUUUAAGACCGUAACAAAUCCAUCACAUCCGUCUCUGGAAACAUCCCAGAGCAACUGGGAUAUCCAGUCAGACGAUAUCAUUGCAACAAUGAGGAGUGAGGAAGAAAGUGUUCGAAAAUGGCAACUGAUGAAGGAAAGGCAGAAAACUUCUCCAAAAUGCUACCGAGGGGUGAUCUCUGGUCAACAAUCAAACAACGUCAGAAAUGCCCUUAAAGGAAAAUCUCUACUCAUCAAGAUCGAGAAUUUAAGCGAAGUUAGCUCUAAUAGUUCGAAGGAGAAGGAACUCGAUAUAAUAGAAGAAGAGAAAUAUCCAGAAGGGUCAAGAGAAGACGCAAGCCCAAUGAAAAACUUGAAGGAUCCUAAACAGGAGUUACUAGUUCCUCAAGCUUACCCUAACAAUAACCUGACCAGAGGGUCUUGCCCUGAAGUUGUAAGCAAGACUAAAGCUCCCCUUCCAGAUACAGCUGCCAAACGGAAGUUUAAUAAGGCGAUGAAGAAGCAAGCCAAGAGCUAUUGAGAAGCCUUCAACCUGAAGAGUUUGAAGAACUAUGACUCGAGAGAGAUCCUAAAGCAGAUGAAUCCAGGAGCCAAACCUCGUACUUCGCUUAAGAAGAAUGUUAAUAUAUUCGAAUCAUAAGUUAUCUUAUAUUUU